CCUAAAAUAAAAUCAGGUGUAAAGAUUGAAGACUAACUUGUAAGCUUGUAAGUCGUAACUGUAUCAGAACUACAAAUUAAUCUCCAUGAAACCGAACUCCCUCCAAAAAAAAAAGAAAAAAAAAGUGUAAUGGUCACCCUCUCUCGCAAAUUCUCCACGGCCACAUCCGAUUCCCUAGCCUGCAUUUCCCUCAAGCAAUUCCCUCAAAACCCACAAAAACCAAUUCCUUUCUAUCAAAUUCAACAACAACAACCUAAGCAACUAGAAUCCCAAAUUGUUACCACACUUGAUGGCUGCAAAAACCUCACUCAAAUCAAACAAGUUCAUGCCCGCAUCCUCCUUAAUGGCCUUGACCAAUCCUGCUAUGUCCUUGCAAAACUUAUCCGCACGCUCACAAAACUUAACAUCCCUAUGGACCCAUAUCCACUGUCAAUUUUUAAUCGGGUCAAAUACCCAAAUCCAUUCCUUUACAAUGCUCUAAUCAGAGGUUAUUUGAUUGAGGAAAGCUUAAAUGAAUCAACUGAGUUUUAUAGUUUGAUGAGAAAAGAAGGUGUUGUGCCUGUUUCUUUCACAUUUACUGCUCUUUUGAAGGCUUGUGGUGCUAAAAUGGAUGUGGGUUUGGGGCGGCAAAUUCAUGGGCAAACGAUUUUGGUUGGGGGAUUUGGUGAGGAUUUGCAUGUUGGGAAUUCUAUGAUUGGUAUGUAUAUAAAAUGUGGGUUUUUGGAGUGUGGGCGAAAAGUGUUUGAUGAAAUGCCCAAUAGGGACGCGAUUUCUUGGACGGAGUUGAUUUCUGCUUAUGCGAAGAGUGGGAACAUGGAGAGUGCUGGAGAGUUGUUUGAUGGAUUGCCAGUGAAGGAUAUGGUGGCUUGGACUGUGAUGGUUUCGGGUUUUGCACAAAAUGCGAAACCAAGAGAGGCAAUAAGGUUUUUCGAGAAAAUGCAGGAAUUUGGUGUUGAAACUGAUGAGAUUACUUUGAUUGGUGUUAUUUCAGCUUGUGCUCAAUUGGGCGCUGCUAAGUAUGCUGAUUGGAUUCGUGAUGUUGCAGAGAAAUCUGAGUUUGGUGGUAAGCAUAGUGUUGUUGUGGGGUCAGCUUUGAUUGAUAUGUAUUCAAAGUGUGGGAGUGUUGGAGAUGCGUAUAGAGUUUUUCAGGGCAUGAAGGAGAGGAAUGUGUAUUCUUAUAGUUCAAUGAUUUUGGGGUUUGCAAUGCAUGGUCUUGCACAUGAUGCAAUGAAAUUGUUUGAUGAGAUGGUGAAAACAGAGAUAAAACCAAACAGGGUUACUUUUAUUGGGGUGCUUACAGCCUGCAGUCAUGCAGGAAUGGUAGAACAAGGUUGGCAGAUAUUUGAGUUGAUGGAAAAAUGUUAUGGUAUUAAACCAUCUGCUGAUCAUUACACUUGUAUGGUGGAUCUGCUUGGACGAGCUGGGCGCUUGCAAGAAGCACAUGAGCUUGUUAAAACAAUGCCAAUAGAGCCUCAUGGAGGAGUGUGGGGAGCAUUGCUUGGAGCUUGUCGUAUCCAUAAAAGAGCUGACAUUGCUGCAAUUGCUGCUAACCAUCUGUUUGAGCUUGAACCCUAUUGCAUUGGAAACUACAUUUUGCUUGCUAACAUAUAUGCAUCGUGUGGAAGAUGGAAUGAUGUCUCUACUGUUAGGAAAUUGAUGAGAACAAGAGGUCUAAGAAAGAACCCUGCAUUUAGCUGGAUAGAAUCAGAGAAAGGAAUGGUUCAUGAGUUCUUUUCAGGGGAUAUGACUCAUCCAAGGUCUGGUGAGAUUAAACAAGCACUGGAGGAUCUUCUUGAUAGGUUGGAGGCUAAAGGAUACCAACCACACUUGAGUUCUGUGUCGUAUGAUGUGAAUGACGAAGAUAAGAGACGUAUACUAAUGACUCACAGUGAGAAGCUUGCUCUGGCAUUUGGGUUGAUCAGUACAAUUCCUGGUUCCAAAAUAAGGAUAGUGAAAAACCUUAGGAUAUGUGAGGAUUGCCACUCAGUUAUAUGUGGUGCAUCGCAGAUCACGGGAAGGGAGAUCAUUGUGAGGGAUAUCAUGAGAUUUCACCAUUUUCAUGACGGGAUAUGCUCAUGUGGUAAUUUCUGGUGAUUGAAUGGAAGAUUUGAGCGUUGUCUGGGAUGGUGCAUCGAAAGUUGGAAGCCGAGAACCCCUCUCUUCACAUGGAGGGUUGGUUGUGGACUGAUCUUGUGCAAUUGCUACACAGACACUCGAGCUAAUGAAAUCUUCUAUCCAUGAAAAAGCCAGGAUUCUAUUUCCAUUAGUUCUGAACCUGCUCCUUUGAAUCAUCUGUUAUUGUAGACAACCGCUGCAGUAAAUAGAAUGGAAAGGUUUUCAAAUCAUGCCUGCAAGGUAAAAACUAUUGAACACAACAGCUAUAGAACUCGGUCACAUGAAUAGCAAAGAUGCAUAUGCAUACUAAAUAAUUUACUCACAUGCCAAGAUAAUUCUUUGAUGCUGAGGCAAUUAGUCGCCAUUACCCAUUAUAGGUCUAUAGGAGAAUACAGACAUGGAUGUGAAAAGAGUUGUUUCCGAGGAGAAAAUGCCCGGAUAUAUAAAAGGAAAAAUUACUGUAAUAUUGGUAUAGUUUAGUCGAAAUUGUAUAGUUGAGUCGAAAAUUA